CGCGUGGUGGCCGCGUGCUCGGCGCACCGGCGCGGCGCUCUCUCUCGCUCGCGUAUAUACCGCGCGGGCGGCGGCGCGCCCCUCCACACGCCCGCUGGAGCUCGCCUGGAUCGGGAGUACCUCGCCGCGCACGCCCGGUGGAAUGAGCUCGACGCCGCCGCCGCUGCCCCAGCAUCCCUUGGAACAACCGCCCCCGCUCGCCAGGCACGCCCACGCCGCGUGUGUGUUGUAGCCCUUGCCGAGUGAUCGUGUUUGGGUUCUUCCAUGUGAACGCUGUUCGUUGCGUAUUGCUACUAGUCACUGCUGCAGUUUUAAUGUGGUGUAAACACAUACUUCGUUUUUGUGAGUGUUAAGAGUGAUAUUGAAAGUCGCUGAUUCGUCCUGUUUGAAAGACUGAACUUAUAUAAUAGUUACAAUGGCUUUAAUGGAUAAUAAAAUCCGAAGGAGCCUUCACUGUGAUAAAAAAGAGUGUGCCCAAAAUUUGAAGCAAAGUAUUAAAGUAUAUGACUCAUUGAAAUCUACAACAAUGGACUUGAUGAAAGCGAAAACUAAAGCCGAAUUAGUUCUCACUGCCAACGACAUUGUGAAGAAACCUAUUCCUGUUGUACCUGGAAGUUUAAAAAUGGCUAUCACAACAACAGUCCUCGGGAUAAUUCUCUGGACAUCUUUGCAAUUUGGUGCACAAAUUGGAAACUCUCCUCAUGAAGUUCAAGCAUUUUCCAUGUUUCGGUUACCAGUAUCAUUGCAGUCUUUUGUUGGAUGGUACGCCCCUAGAGCUCAUGCAGCUGAGCAAAGGCCUGGUCUAGUACAGCUCAGAGAUAUAGAAGAAAAAAUCGCUUCAUCCCUUCGAUUCGGAACAGAUUCUGUGGAUCGUAUGAGUCGCAUGGAACAAAAUCUUGUCAGCUCAGGUGUGAAUGUGCGUGAGGGUACUCCCAUGCAUGGCCAACUGAUUGCUUCCUAUCCUACAAAUGAAGCUCUUGGUCAUGGAAGAGAUGCUCAUAUUGCACUCAAGGCUUCCAUGCAUCUUUCCCACAGCGUUUGUUACCUAAAUGAUUUCAGCAGUGAUGAAUGUGCUCGCUUUCUUACUAUGCAUAAACUUCCAAAAUUAAGUGAUAGCGGAGAAUCCAGUGAAGAACAACAACAGCAGUUGCUCGGUGACAAGUGUGCUGCACAGCACAGUGCAACACUUACCUGCUCUAGAUCAACCAAAUAUCGAUCAGCAAAUGGAUCUUGCAAUCACCUUACUCAUCCAUCAUGGGGUCAGUCACUGACUGGCUAUAGAAGAUUACUUUUCCCCCAGUACAGUGAUGGAAUCCAAGAGCCACGAAUGUAUUCUAUUGGAAUGCCUAAAAACAAGCAAAAUCUUCUCCCCUCUGCUCGUGUUGUCAGCACAAAGAUGGCUGCAAAUGCAGAUUUGCCUGACAAUGUGAAGACAUUAGCUCUUAUGCAGUGGACCCAAUUUGUGGAGCAUGAUUUGACUCACACUCCUAUUAAUAAGAUGUUCAACAACUUUGACAGUUCCAUCAUGUGCUGUGAUCAUGAGGGCCAGGACCUUAUGCCUCGUCAUACACAUCCUGCUUGUAUGCCCAUUGAGGUUCCACAAAAUGACCCAUUCUACUCAAGGAGACAUAUGACCUGCAUGAACUAUGUUCGCUCCGUAACAGCUAUGAGACCAGAUUGCAGUUUUGGACCUGCAGAACAAAUGAAUCAAGUCAGUCAUUAUCUUGAUGGAUCCAUGAUCUAUGGAUCCACAGAAGAGAAAUCACGCAGCUUGAGGACCUUUUCUCAUGGUCAUUUGAAACAUGAUCGCAAGAAUGGUCAGAUGUUCUUGCCAGCUUCUUCUCAACCUUCCAAGCACUGUCAACUGUCUCCUGAAUCUCAAGCUUGCUAUGAAUCAGGUGAUCUGCGAGUUAAUGGUCAUCCUCACCUCACUGUAAUGCACACCCUUUGGCUAAGAGAACACAACAGAAUUGCUGAUAAAUUACAAACAUUGAAUCCUCAUUGGGGAGAUGAAAAAUUGUAUCAAGAAGCCAGAAGAAUUGUUAUUGCAGAAAUUCAACAUAUUACCUUCAGUGAAUGGUUGCCUCUUGUUCUUGGUCAGAGAUAUACCAAGAAGUCUGGCCUUGAAGUAAAACAAUCUGGAUUCAGUACUGAAUUCAGUGAAAAUGUGGACCCAUCAGUGACGAAUAGCUUUGCUACUGCAGCUCUGCGAUUUGUUCAUUCCCUUAUGGAGGGAAAUUUGAGAUUAGUCAACGAAGAUCGGGAAGUAAAUCACACUCUUCGACUGAAUCAGCAUUUCAAUCGUCCACGAGUCUUGGAAGAACCAGGUCAUUUUGAUGGUCUUGUUCGAGGACUGGCCACACAAAAUAGUCAGAAGAGUGAUAUGACAUUUACUGAAGAUAUCACCAGCUUAUUGUACCAGGACUCUGAUAACUAUGGCCUUGAUAUCAUUAGUUUGGAUAUUCAGCGAGGCAGAGAUCAUGGGCUUCCUGGUUAUAACCAAUUCAGAAGAAUGUGUGGAUUGCAACAGGCUGAAAACUUUGAUGAUUUCAGCACAGAAAUCUCCCAGAAUAUGAUCAGAAAGUUAAGAGAAAUGUACCGCAGUGUAGAUGAUGUUGAUUUAUUGAUUGGCGGUAUGGCUGAACAUCCCAAAGAUGAUGGACUUCUUGGGCCUACCUUCCGUUGUAUUAUUGGAGAGCAGUUUGCUCGUACCCGCAAAGGAGAUAGAUAUUUCUAUGAUCUUAAAAAUCAGCCAUCAUCUUUUACUGCAGAACAACUACAAGAAAUCAGAAAGGUUUCAUUGUCCCGAGUCUUUUGUGAUAAUAGUGAUGAUGUAAGCAGUAUGCAGCCACAAGUGUUCCACAAGCCUUCUUCCAGCAAUUCACUGGUGUCUUGCCGAGAUGCAACAAGCAUUCCCAAAGCAGAUCUGACUGCAUGGAUUGAAAGUCACUGAAAAAUCUAACUCAACACUUUUCAGUAAUAAUAUUUACCUGUAUCAGGGUUUUGCAGUUAAUAUACUGCAUUUGUGUAAAUGAUUGAUGCACAAAUCUUUAAGACUGAGAGAAUGUAAUGCAUGACUGAGUUAGCAAUGUUAGGCAUUCUGAAUGCUGCUAUCAGUAUAUACUCAAGGGCAUAUCUCUAUUUAGUAUAUAAGAACAAAAAUAGGAUUAAUUCAAUGCAAAUGAAAAGCAUUAUUUAUUGUAAAUAAUGAUGGUUGAAUUACAACAAAUAUUGUUAGUUUUUCACAGUGCAUGAAAACUCAAAGUAUUUAUUGAAAGAUACUAUUUGUGGAGAAGAGUCAAGUAAUGACUUUGUGGUUUCAUGUUUAUUUAUUCUUCAGAGCAAAGAGUGUGAAAUUUGGUUGAGAUUAGGAUAGGAAAACUUCCUUGUUAAAUAAAAAAGUUGGUUCAGUAUUUUCUGAAAUUUUAACAACUCCUUGACUGCAUAUUUAUGAGUGAAUUAUAUUUCUCUCCGCUCUGAAUGAAUUUCUUUUCAGAUUAUUUGACCCAAAAUUGUUUGUGUCUGAUAGUAUGAAAAUGCAUGUUUUAUAAGCGUGCAAUAACUAUUAGGAUUAUCAAAUUUUUGUAAAAGAAGAGUUGCUCUCUCUAAGAACUCAUUACAAACUAGUCUUGAAUCACUUGUUAAUGUAUGCAAAUAUGAGUGUGAAGAAGAUAUUAGAAUGAAUGGAAAUUAAUUAUGUAUAAAAACCCUAAGCCAAAUAUUGAGAAAGAAUGAAAGAUUUGUAAGAUAUGUGAUGCAACAGAAUGUAAUGUUAAAUGCACUUUUUUCUACAAAAUGAUCUUAAAAAUCACAAAAUAUUUAUAUUGUCAUAAUUCAUUAAUCAUAUUUCAACAUUUUCUUUUAAAUGUACUUAUUUCAUUAUCACAUUUUCAUACAAAGAAUAUAAAUUUUGAUACAUUUAAAUUUGCUGUAGGUUUUUAUUUACAUGAAUCCUACUCCUGAAUUAUCCUUAAUUACAUUGGUGGCCAUUAUUUUGGCAAUGUCCUUUCUCUCUCCUCUCACAAUUAGUAUUAAAAAUAACGAUGGAGACAAAUCUUUGGAGCAGUUCUUCUUCACUUCAAGCAUAGGUCUAUGACCUGUUCCGUCUCCUAAGAUUUCUAUCUUUUUAGGGGUCUUCCUGGAUCUCUUCUGCCUUGAGGCUUAUACUUAAACACCUGCUUUGGAAUGUGAGUCUCUUCCAUUCUUUCCACAUGAUGUAACCAUUCCUGCCUGUAACAUUGUACCU